GGCCAACUUCAGGCGGUAGUUUGAGUUUGUUAAAAACUUCAUAUAUGGGCAACGGAGCGCUGCGGAGAUCCGGAUAUUCCUCGCGCGAUUCCGUCGGGGCAGCGUGAUGCUUUUCGCAGGAUCGCGUGUGCGCUGCGUCCUUUCACACAAUCGGCCAUGAGUUCCCUUUAAGAGUUCCCGGAACGCUGUCAAACUCGCGCGUCCCACGCGACCCCACGAUUCGUCGCAACCUAACACCAUGGCUCUACCUGGUAACAAGAGAGAGAGGAAGAAGCCGGUCUUGCCGAAGCUGACUGUCCCUGACGAACCCGUACCAGUGACACCACCGAGAAAUUUGGACAAACGGACUACCAUUACUAUAGAUGACAAGACAUUUGUUGUGGAAGCUGAUGACUUGGAGACGCUUUGUGUACUUGGCCGCGGAGCAUAUGGAAUUGUUGAUAAGAUGCGACACAAGCAAAGUGGCACAAUUAUGGCAGUGAAGAGAAUAACUGCCACAGUUAACACACAAGAGCAAAAACGGCUGCUUAUGGACCUAGAUAUUUCCAUGCGUAGUUCAGCAUGUUCCUAUACAGUACAAUUUUAUGGAGCCUUAUUCCGAGAGGGGGACGUAUGGAUAUGCAUGGAAGUGAUGGAUAUGAGCCUUGAUAAGUUUUAUAUGAAAGUUUACAAACAUGGUCGUGCCAUUCCUGAGGAUAUUUUAGGAAAAGUGGCUUUUGCAGUAGUAAGCGCAUUGCAUUACCUCUAUUCACAAUUACGGGUAAUUCACAGGGACGUUAAGCCUAGUAAUAUUCUAAUCAAUCGGAAAGGUGAGGUCAAAAUUUGUGAUUUUGGUAUAUCCGGUUAUCUCGUGGACUCGGUCGCGAAGACUAUCGACGCUGGGUGCAAGCCAUACAUGGCUCCAGAAAGGAUAGAUCCGUCGGGUAACCCGUCGCAGUACGACAUCAGAUCUGACGUCUGGUCGUUAGGAAUUUCCCUUGUUGAAUUGGCCACGGGUAAAUUCCCGUACGAGUCGUGGGGCACGCCGUUCGAGCAACUGAAACAAGUCGUCAAGGAUGAAGCUCCGAAGUUACCUGCUGACAAAUUCUCCUCUUCAUUCGACGAGUUUAUUAAUAAGUGUCUAAUGAAGGACUACACUGCCCGUCCAAACUACAGUCAAUUACUGGAACUCGACUUUAUCGCGGAACACGCUCAGAAAGACAUAAACGUGGCGGAAUUUGUCGGAGAGAUUCUAGACUUACCGGAAACUGAACAGCCGGCAUAGUGCAUAUGCUACUUCGACGUAGCUUGUAACGUAAUUUGACCUGCAACUUCUUCAAUCUUAGCGAGACAGUCAUUUAAUCGCAUCCCUUCAUAUGUAAUUUAUAUUACCAGAUUGUUCGAUCAUUGUAUAUUGAAAGUGUAAACGCACUUAAGUGAUUAUUAUAUUCCCUUAUUUAUCAUCUUAUUAAUUUUUAUCAAUUAUAUCGGUAGUGAUUUUACCGAUAACUUUUGUAGUGUCCUCGAGUUUGGUCUGAAAAAAUAACUAUCCGCACCACUCUUCUAAUUCACACUGAAGUGAAUCAUACAAAAUAGCAGGUAGAUGUUUUUUACAUGAUAUAGCAGUAUAAGUAGCAUUCGUCACAUUGAUAAAGAGUAAAUAGGUAAAAUCUUAAUAACAGCAUCUGAUAUAUACAUUUUUAAGAAUAUAGAUUAGGAUACCGAGAUGUGUUUGAAGGGGGAAAAAGGAGAAUUGUAAUAUUGAAAAAUAGCACGGUAUAAUCAAAUGUCCAUAAUCAAAAUUGUAACCGUCUGAAAUGUAGUCCCGUUUAUGUGGACCGUCAGUUCAAUGUAAUAAGAUUUAUAUUAAUAAUAGAUAUUAAGGUUUUUUGAAUUACAUGUGCAUAGUAUAGAAUUAAUAUUAUACGAUAGGAGUCUCGUAGAAGAGUUCUCGAUUUUUUUUUAUAUAUGAUCUAGAACUAUGAUGUAAUCAAACUGAUCUUAAAUAAACGAUCAUUUAUAAGUGGUCUCGA